AUGGCUCAGAUUCAGGUUCAGAAGGCCCUGGAGAAAACUCUUCUAGGUCCGCCACACCAACCAAAACCAUCCUCCACAAAACCGCCGCCAGCAGUAUGCCCACUGGUCUCGGAUGAAGUAGACGACGAUCGAAUUGAGACCUCCACUGCGACUGUAACUGGGGUCGCGGAGAACAGUAACAGCUCCUUUGUCGAGUCCUUCAGGGUCCACGUGGGAUGCUCAGUCAUCCAAGGAGCAAAGAGGGAAGUCACUAGUAUGAAGGGAUGGAGGGUAGUGUGGGCGCUCUUUGUACUAGUCAGCUCCGUCUCUGCUGCAACAGUAGGAGGAGGAGGAGGAGGAGGAGGAGGAGGAGGAGGAGGAGGACCGGAAGGAUACACGCGACUCGAGAACCCAGCUGGAGUACCAUACGAUCCACUCCAACCCUACAGCGACCAAUUACUCCUUCCCGUCGUCGCCGGUGUCCCACUAGCCGCCGCAGCCAGCACCAACAACAAUAACCCAGAAGAGCUAUCCAAACAGCAACAGGACUACAUGAACCAUUUGGAGAUGGAGCGGUUCGAGCAUCAGGGCUCCUUCUAUCUCGAACUCACACCUUACGAACGGGGAAUCGCCGCUUCUGCGGCCUAUGCGUCUGGUACUGGUGAGGGUGCGGCGGGGAGGAUGCGCUACUCGAAGGAACCCAUGCCUUGGGAGGGGUUGGAAGAUGAGGUUGAAGGUUGGGAGUUAGAUCAGGAUGCGCUGGAUUGGAAUGGGAUUGAUAGCGAAGAUGAGGAUUCUUUGGGGUGGUCGUACUCUCCUUGGGGUGGUGAGUUCCGGUAUGAGAUAUCCUCGCCUGGCGGUGACACUGAGGAUAAGGAGGAUAAUUAUGGUGAUGAAGAUGAGUUUUGUUACGAGGAAGAAGAGGAAGAAGGUGGAGAGGGAAGAACGAGACGCAGGACGCGUCUUUCUGUGUCACCAUGGCGCCAGCAACAGGAGAACAAGUUCUCGGCGAUGACAGGGGCCGACAACGAUGAUGGGUCGGUCGUCGAGGAACAGGACUUCUCACAACUCGAGCUCAUAACUCCACCAUCCCAGAACAACCACAACGAGAACAUGAGCAAUGACACUAUCGUACAGGCCAAGGAAAAGACCCAAACCCUCAAGAUGGAAGAGCUUGGCGAGUUUGGAGAAUCAGUCACGACUCGGGACCCCAACGUCAUUGACAACACAUUCGAGGCGAUUGUGGAUUCACAGGUCUGGGAUGCUGAGGGGGCUGCACAACAAACGGGUUCGACUGGUGGCGGUGGCAAUACGCGUGAGUACGCCCAGGCGCCUGUUUCUGGAUCUGUCAACACUGCCGCCAUACAGGAGGAGAAGGAGAAGGAGAUGGAGACUGUGAAUGCGCCAGGAGGUGGCCGUUCUUUCGAGGCAGAGCCCAUGGGAUCAGAAACGGUACUAUUGGACAUGGACGGGUCGAUGGAGGCAGAGGUGGAAACGGUGCGACCCAAGUUGGACCAGAUCGAUUUGUUGGGUCAUGAGGCAGAGGUUGAAUGGCUUCAGGAGCAGGAUGAGAUUCAGCGUACUUGGAGCGUGAAGCAUCAUCAUCGCCCGAGUGGUGGGUACGAGGACGACUAUGACGACGACGAAGAAUCUGGUGAUGAAGAGGAGGCGGCGGAAGAUGAGUAUGAUCAGGCGGAGGAAGUUGGACAACGAGGCAACGAAGAGCAGGAUAUCAAUGGAGAUGAGGGCUUUUGGUCGUAUGCGCUCCCUCUGGAUGACCCCGACUGGCAAAAGAAGCACGGAGGACUGAAUCCAAAGCACGCAGGGAUCUACAAAUCCCAACGCAGCCCAGAUAACUACAGCAAGAACCGCGCCGAGCGACCCCAAGACCGCGAUGAGGACGGAACAAUCUUCCCACGCGCCUACUCCAAAGACCCAUACAGCGCCAUCGUCUACCCAACUACCCUCCGUAACCCUCUCUCCCCCCUGGGUUAUGUCGCUUAUAACCGUCAAGGUGACAGAAUAAUGGAUUUCAGUAUGGUCGGUUGGAAUGAGGGGAAUACCGAAUUGCCGGAUGCGAUCAAGGAUGUGCCGGUGGUGGAGAGACUUUUCCCGAGGCGUGGAGCGGAUAAGGAUACUGAUACGGGAGAUGACACGGAGAGAAUUCAGAAGGCUUUGGAUCGGGUUGGACAGAAGGCGAAGGUGGGGGUUGUGCAGGGAAAGACCGUGGUGCCAACGGGGGCGUUGGCGCUUGCGAGGGGUGUGUAUCGGAUUUCGAAGCCUUUGAAGUUGAGGGAUAGUGGCAUUUUGUUUAGGGGUGACCCUAGGGGUGGAUCGAGGAUUGUUUGUCAGUGGGAGUCGACUGGGCCGCGAUAUGCUAUCGAGAUCGAAGGACAGAAAGACAAGAUGUUUGAUAACACGAGGGUCCCCGUGGUCUCAGACUACACCCCCGUGGGCUCCUUCUUCCUCGCCCUCGACCCAACCUACUUCCCAGAAUCAACCCUCGCCGUCGGUGACCAAAUCAUGGUCACCCGUGUCGGAAACGACCGGUGGGUCGAAGAUAUCGGCAUGGACGAUUUCAAUUCCUCCAAGGAGGGCGUUAAACCUUGGAAAAAGAUGCUCGCCCACAUGUUCCGUACCAUUCGAUCCUUGGACCCGCAUACGGGGAUUGUGCGGUUGGAUGCGCCAUUGCCGAUUUCGAUUCGACGAUUGGAUCUUGCCGCGCAUGUGUACUUCUCGCACAUCACUACCGCAUUCUUCCACAAUUUCAUCUCGAUCGGGAAGGAUGUGCACCAUGUCACCCUCGACUCGGUCGUCCAUUCCUACCCGGAUGACAUGCUCUCUGGCCAAUCCGCGUUUCAACUCUCGGGCCAAUUCGUCCUUAUCAAGAACUCUCUCUCCCAAGGUUCCUUCCACUUCUUUGUCGACAUCAACCACGUCCCCGGCCCCAACGUCGUCCACCGGUCCCAAGCAACCAACAUCGGCAAACCCCAUCAGCCCCUCCCCCUCGACUUUGCGCCGGGAGAAGUCGGGCCCCACAUGAAAUUCUGUACAGGCAUCCUCUUCGACCAAGUCAUAACCGACGGAUCCAUCCAAAUCGUCAACCGCGGCGACAUGGGGCCCAGGGAUUCCAGAAUUUCGUGA